CAGAACAUUCGAUGGUGCGCCGACUGUCCGAACAACGAUUUUUCUGCCUCCGCUUGAUAGUCAGUCGCACGCGCGUAAGCUCCGUUCGAUUUUCUCUCUCCCAGUUUGACAGCACGCGAAAAAUAUCAGCUUCCUUCAUUGCCGGAAGUCAGGAUCUUAAUACACGGCUUAAUUGCUACCGAUAUCUCGUUUGAUUGACGUCCAACAAUCAGGGUGCAAGAAGGUGCAAUUCGGUGAAGAACAUUUGUGCACAAUAAUAACAAAAAUGCGCGGUUAGGCGUCGAACCCUCCGGGAAUUUUUCGUUCCGUUUCGUAGACACUGACUGGAAGGACUACCAAAGAUAGUAUAGUGUUUGCCAAAAGUCAUAAAAAUGCUGCAACCGGCAGGCCCAGUGCUCGUGGGCCUGGGCGGAAACUUUCUGCGAAGGAUACGGCGAUCCGGGCGCAAACCGAGCGUGUCGUUCGACUUUUACAGUGCUUUAAUUCUAGUGAUAUCGAUAGUGCUGCAGCUGGUGGAUCGUUCGAAUGCUGUGAUCUGCAACCAAACCGUAUGCGACUGCAAAGGUCUGAAGGGAGCACCGGGUCAAAUCGGUCCACAUGGUGUGCCCGGUCCCGCUGGACAACCGGGUGACAUCGGCUACGAUGGGCCGAUUGGAGUUUUUGGAGAACGUGGCCUUCGCGGAGAGAUUGGAUCGAUGGGUGAAAAAGGUUACCGGGGUGAUUCGGGCGGCCGCGGAUCUACAGGUUACCCAGGAAUUCCGGGCCUACCUGGAGAGGACGGUCCUCGCGGGCCAAGAGGAAUCGAUGGUUGUAAAGGAAUUGACGGUGCCAUGGGUAUUCCGGGAAUGCCUGGUUGGCCGGGCGAUCGCGGUCAGCCGGGCUUGCAGGGACCUCUCGGCUUUCGUGGAGAUUCCGGUGAAGGUGGUAUCAACUCUAAGGGCACAAAGGGAGCCAUGGGCGAACCAGGUCAACCUGGAGCUAUAGGUCCUCCUGGAUUCAAAGGAAAUAGAGGUCUCACCGGUUACGAUGGCAUUAAUGGAUAUGACGGAAGUCCUGGACCGAAGGGAGAGCUCGGGGACAUGGGAGAAACGUCUAUUUCUUUCUGCCCGGGAGAAGCUGGAGAACCAGGAGAACCUUAUCAAUAUUUCUCUAGCAAGAAUUCAACUGUAAAUAAGGGAGUUGCUGGUAUGAAAGGUGAUAGGGGAGAUGAUGGAGCAUUUGGUCUUUCCGGUAGAAAGGGCGAAACUGGGGCGUAUGGCGAACGUGGUCUCAAAGGAUUUAAGGGAGAGGAAGGAAACGUUGGUGAUCGCGGAAAGCAAGGUAAAGAUGGCCCUCCCGGUGAAACUGGCGAAAAAGGUGAAAAAGGAGCACCAGGUUAUGCUGGAAGAGACGGAGAGCUUGGAGAUAAGGGAAUUCACGGAGAUGAUGGUAUUCCUGGUUUGCCUGGCAUUCAGGGUUUGCGAGGACCGAAAGGAAUUUAUGAUGAAUCACUGGCUCCUAUAAUAAUAGGCCCUAUAGGAACACAGGGUGAUGUUGGUUACCCCGGAUUACAAGGAUUAGCUGGUACUCCUGGACAACCUGGACGCCGAGGAGGAAUAGGUAUGCAAGGUCCCACCGGAGAUCCUGGUGAAGAUGGACGCCGCGGUAGGAAAGGGUCGACCACACCAGGCCAACGAGGAGAUGACGGAGAAAGCGGCCCUCGUGGUCCUGCAGGUGCAAGAGGUCCAGCUGGACCAGCAGGUCGUAAUGGUGAAAAAGGUUUCCCUGGAAGAAACCUCCAGGGUUUGAAGGGAGAACCUGGUCUUCCUGGUUUAAAUGGAGAGUACGGAGAAAAAGGAGACCAAGGUGAUCUAGGAGAAACUGGUGACAAAGGUCUUCCUGGCAUUGGUUAUAACAUCACAGGUCCACCUGGCCCAGAUGGUACUCCUGGACGUUCGGGACCGAUCGGAGAUGCGGGUUGGAACGGCAUGGAUGGAAUAAGAGGUGACAAAGGUUUUCGAGGAGAAGACUGUGGAGUAUGUGCUCCUGGUCCACGGGGUAUAAAGGGUGACGGAGGUGAUAUUGGGCGGCCUGGAUGGGAUGGAAUCGACGGAAGCCGAGGAUUGCCUGGCCCGAGAGGUAUCAAAGGAGGUCCGGGUAAAAUGGGAAACAAGGGAAUUCAAGGUCUUCAAGGUAUUCCUGGAGAGAAUGGAGAAGCAGGUCGACCUGGGGAAAAAGGUGCAAAAGGAGAAGUUAUUCGACGUGGAAGUUUGGUUUGGUUCCCGGGCGACAAAGGUGAUGUUGGAUAUCGUGGUUUGCAAGGCGAGCAAGGUGAUAUCGGAUACAUGGGCCUUCAAGGUGAUGUUGGUACCCCAGGAGAGCCUGGUGAAAUAGGUGAUGAUGGAAAUCCCGGUUUUCGUGGUCGAGAUGGAGAUGCUGGUGUUCCUGGUCGGGAUGGUGCCCAUGGCAGAGAUGCUGUUCACAACUCCUAUACUAUUUGGUCGUUAAGAGGAGCCCCUGGUCUUCCUGGUGAUAGAGGAUCGAAAGGUGAGCAAGGCGAUCAAGGAAAUCGAGGCGAACCCGGAGACACUUCAGAAAUGAAUUAUAAAAUCAUCGGAGACCCUGGUGUUCGUGGUGAACUUGGAGAUGAUGGACCACAGGGUGAAAAAGGCUACCGAGGUGAUAUAGGAGAUGAAGGUUUUAGAGGCCCAGAUGGACCCAUCGGUUUACCGGGUGAAAGCAUUCAAGGACAACAGGGCUACAAGGGAUACUUCGGUAUAAUUGGUGACCACGGAUUACAAGGAGAGGAGGGAUUACCUGGAAUUCCCGGUGCCGAUGGACCUCCGGGAUUGGCAGGCUUGAAAGGUCAGCGAGGUGACCCUGGUCGAGCUGUGCUUUUCGGAGAAAUAGGGGAAGAAGGUGAAGCUGGAUACUUUGGAGAAUUCGGUGACAAGGGUUAUAGGGGUCCAGAUGGAUACAGAGGUCCACCAGGUAUUUCAGGCCCGAAAGGCGAGAAGGGAAAUGAUGGUUUUAUGGGUCGAGUUGGGUUACCCGGAAACAAAGGUAUGGUCGGAGAUGUUAUAUACGGAGAUCGUGGAGAGCCGGGAUUGCCUGGAAGAUCUGGAAAUACUGCGCCAUAUGGAGACAAAGGAGAGCGUGGAGAUCUUGGAAUGGAAGGACCCCAGGGACCAAAGGGAGGUGUUGGUGAUACCGGACGUGAUGGCUUACCUGGGUUGCCUGGAGAUGAUGGUGCCCCAGGUGACACCGGGCCACGAGGAAUUCACGGUUAUAUGGGUGAAGAGGGUUAUCAGGGAGAACGUGGAGAGAUAGGUGACCAAGGCAAUAUUGGUCUCACUGGUCGCCGAGGUUAUGCUGGACUCCGUGGCGAAAAAGGUGAAUUUGGAGAUUUUGGAGACAUUGGAUUCCCCGGCAGAGUUGGCAGAAAUGGUACCAAAGGUGAACGUGGAGAUGUUGGUUUUGUUGGCGAAAAGGGUAUAAAGGGAUCAGCAUCGUUCAGUGGUCACAAAGGAGAAAUUGGUAUAUUUGGACUUCGCGGACCUCCAGGAUUGGAUGGGGCAACUGGAUUACCAGGAUUGAAAGGUGAAGAAGGUGAUGCAGGAGUCGUGAUCGAUGGUUAUGGUGGCAUUAAGGGUCCAAAAGGAGCUCCUGGAUAUAAUGGACUUCCAGGUAGACCAGGAUUCAAAGGAGAACGAGGUGAUGAGGGUACUCAAGGAUUUAAAGGAAUAUCUGGUGAUAAAGGAAGAGAUGGCUAUCCAGGUAUACCUGGAAGACGAGGUAAAGAUGGAUUACGUGGUUUGGUGGGACUUAGAGGUAACUCUGGCUUAAAAGGAGAACAAGGAGAAGAAGGAGAAAUGGGUUUCUUCGGAUUCGUCGGAGAAAAGGGUGAACGAGGCGACAUUGGACGAAUUGGAUUGGCUGGAGUCCAAGGUCUACCUGGUGAUCAAGGCUUCCCAGGUUUGCCUGGUGAUUUAAUCUUCCGAACCCCACAAAAAGGUGAACAAGGUGAGUUCGGAUUACCAGGUCUCGAAGGAAUGCCGGGUUUACAGGGUGCCCCCGGACGACGUGGAUAUCCAGGUGAAAAGGGCGAUGCUGGUUUACGGGGAGAAUCUGGAUUCGCUGGAAGAGCUGGACUAGACGGUCUGAAAGGCCAGCAAGGUGAGCCUGGUUACAAAGGACCACGGGGUACACUACUGACACGACCUGAACAAGGUGAUCAAGGAGAUACAGGAUACGAUGGUUUCCCAGGUAGAGUUGGUGUGAUGGGAAGCAAAGGAGCUCCUGGCGAUUAUGGAGAUGAUGGGCCUCCUGGACCUAGGGGAAUGCCAGGAAUGGUUAGUGGAGCAUUCAAGGGCAUGAAAGGAGAGAUAGGAUUUGAGGGUGCUCCUGGCAUGGAUGGGCUACCAGGUUUACCGGGCCCACCAGGUAUGAUGGGUAACACAGGCGAAAAGGGUAUGCCUGGAAGCAUCGGCAUUCCUGUAAGAGGAUUCAAGGGAGAACAAGGUGACGAUGGACUUAUUGGUUUAGAUGGCAUGCCAGGUCCUCCUGGUUUCCCUGGUGAAAUUGGUCCUGUUGGACGACCGGGCUUGCGCGGAUUAAUUGGCGUAAAAGGAGAAAUUGGAGAUGCUGGCGAGGAAGGUUAUUUCGGACGUUUGGGUCUGAAAGGUAUCAAAGGUGAACGAGGUGAUCCUAUACCAUUGGACGAUUGGAGACCUAACCAACCAGGUGUUCGAGGUGUUCCUGGAAACAAAGGAGCCCCUGGAGAUGAGGGUGAUUUAGGAAUGCCUGGUUAUCCUGGGUUAUUAGGACUGAAGGGAGAGCGUGGACCUCAAGGCCUGACCGGUGAAGAAGGUCAAAUUGGAUUCAAAGGUGAAAGAGGUUUCCAAGGAGCUCCAGGUCGAGACGGUUUAGAUGGAUAUCCGGGUUUGCAAGGAGAAAUUGGUGAUCCUGCUCCCCCUCCUCCACCACCGAAAAGCCGUGGAUUCAUUUUCACGAAGCAUUCUCAAACAGUGCGAAUUCCGGAUUGUCCAUUGAAUACAGUAAAGUUAUGGGAUGGUUAUUCGUUGGUCAAUGUUAUAGGGCACACAAGAUCGGUUGGCCAGGAUUUGGGAAGCGCUGGAUCAUGCCUUAAGCUGUUUAGUACCAUGCCAUAUUUGUUCUGUGAUAUCAACAACGUUUGUAACUACGCAACGAACAACGAUGAUAGCAUUUGGCUGUCGACGCCUGAACCUAUGCCAAUGUCCAUGACUCCAAUGAAGGCUCGGGAAGUCGAGAAGUAUAUUUCACGAUGCUCGGUCUGUGAAACUUCGACCCGCGUUAUGGCAGUUCACAGCCAAUCAAUGUCCAUACCAGACUGUCCCGAUGGAUGGGAAGAAUUGUGGAUAGGAUACAGCUAUGUCAUGCAUACAACUGACAACAGUGGAGGAUUUGGCAUGAACUUUGUUUCCCCAGGAUCAUGUUUAGAGGAGUUCCGUGCGCAACCAGUAGUUGAAUGUCAUGGACAUGGAACGUGUAAUUUCUACGAUGGUAUUACUUCGUUCUGGUUGUCGAUCAUAGAGGAUGGACAGGAAUUCCGUCAGCCUCAGCAGCAAACGCUCAAAGCAGAUCAAACCAGCAAAAUUAGCAGGUGCAUCGUUUGCCGUCGCAAGGCUGGAUUCCUCAGGGCACUCUCAGAUGGUGCAAUAGCUGCCUCAGCUUUAAGACGCCCUGAUAUUGCUACGGUCCCGAAACCAUACUACCCGCCACCUCCUCAGUCUCAACCCCCGAGACGACGAGUGAGACCUGGUGCUCGACAACGAAACCGUAAUAGUGGCUAAAUAAAACUAGACUUAGAUGAUAUUAUGUAAAAAAAACCACAUAUGAACAAAUUUAGUUGCUGUUUGUGUACCAUUGUAGGGUAACGAAGUGUAAGGUACUGCCAAAUAAUAUUUUUUUGGAAAAAUGUUCCGUUUCAUUCUAAGAGUCUGCUUAAGAAAACAUUUUUAAAAAUUGCUAUCCUCCAGUGUUUCAAAUUGUAGUUGUAUUUCUUCCUUAGUCAACUGUCGUUAAUUAAGAUUCGAUAAUACCAAAAAUCGUGGGAAAGAAAUACGUUUUAAUGUUAACGCCUAUUUAAAUAUAUUUACACAGUUAUUGCAAGUUGUCAUGUAAAAAACUGCCAGAGUUAACCAUAUGAACGCCGUAUCGCGUUUUUAUUCAAGCUCAGUGAACUUUCAGAACGAAUUUUAAUUUUGUAAACAAACCGAAACGUUAUGUGAAUAAAAUCUCCUUAUUUUAACAGCUGAAAAA